UCUUGAAGAAAGGUUUUUUCCCCUUUUUUCCACAAAAAGGAAAAUAAAUGUCAACUAAAUGUAAGACUCGGUUCUUAUCCUUUAUAUCAAUCUCUCUCUGAUAAAGAACUUUAUACAUAGUUUUUUUUUACUUUAGAAUGUUUCGCCGUUUAGCUGUGGUACCAUUUUUUUCAUGCAUGCGUCGAUCAUGGUCUGGCUGUAUAACACAACAUCAGGCCCUGCACCACAGCCCUGCUCUGCUCUCUCCAUCGGAUGUCAGCAAAGAUUUAGCCGAUGAUUUGUACAAAAUUAUCAACAACCAUCGUGUCGUCCUCUUUAUAACAGGCACACCAGAGGAGCCCCGCUGCCGUUUUACGGUGCGGCUUAUCGAUAUUGUACACCAGAUUGGUCUCGAGUACGUGUAUUUUGACAUACUACAAGAUGACGAAGUCUGUGAGGGGUUGAAAACCUAUAGUGACUGGCCAACCUAUCCUCAGGUUUACAUUGACGGAGUGCUUCUUGGUGGCUAUGAUGUAGUUAAGCAGAUGAUGCUAGACGGUAGUUUGGUCAAAACUUUAAGUGAAAAGAAGCUCCUAUGAUAUCCAUAGUCCCACAAAGAAAAAACGAAAGGGUAGAAAGUUUAAAGUGUCAAAACCUUAACCCUUUUUAUUGUAUUGAUCCUCAAAUAAAUAUAAAAUUGGAGUACUAAACAGAUGUUUUUUAAGACUGUCCUGGGUGGAAACAUCUUACUGUUCAUUUGAGUCAUGACAUUUUUUAAA